UAACUCCGAGUACUCGAUCGUGAUCGCGCGCGCGCCAUUUUCGCUCUCCAAGGAAAAACCUCUUUAAGUGACUUGUUCUACCCGGAGACUUGCUUCAAGGCGACGAACCUGUUUACCGCGAUGUCGACGUUGGUUCAGCUAGAGCUGGACGAGUCGGGCGAGGAUCGACGGAAGCUGCUCGAUCACCAGAUGGCACUGGAGUUUACCAAUAUCUGCUUCAAGGGGGAGAGGAAGGAUGGGGAUGGGAGGAAGACGAUCCUGGAGAAUGUCUCCGGGAGGUUCGCCCCGGGACGGUUGACGGCGAUCUUGGGGCCGUCCGGGGCGGGCAAGUCUUCGCUGCUGAACAUACUGUCGGGGUUCAAGAAGCAUGGCGUGAUCGGUUCGGUGAUGGUCAACGGAGAAACGCUGGGCGAGGAGUCGUUCCGGAACAAGUGCGUCUACAUUGCGCAGGAUUUCGACCUGUGCGAUCACCUGACCGUGCUUGAAACCCUAGAUUACGCGGCAGAACUCAAAAUGACCGGAUCAUCUUCACCAAUGGUCCGCAAAAAGAAGGUCAACGACAUUCUGGACGUUCUCGGACUUCGGCACGCCAUAGCAACCCUGGUCAAGAAUCUCUCCGGAGGUGAAAAGAAACGUCUCUCGAUCGGGAUCGAGCUGGUCACGAACCCCCCAAUAAUCCUGCUUGACGAACCCACAAGCGGUCUCGACAGUGUCUCCGCGAUGCAACUCGUCACCUACAUAAAAACCCUGGCGGCCGAAGGCCGCACCAUCGUCUCCGUAAUCCACCAACCAGCCUCCAGCCUCUUCCGGCUAUUCGACGACCUCUUCCUGCUCUCCGCUGGCAAGUGCAUCUACAGUGGUCCCCUGGACGGAAUGGUGGCCAGCUUUGGCGAGGCCGGUUUUCACUGUCCAAAGUACUACAAUCGGGCGGAUUUCGCGCUGGAAAUUGCCUCGAUGCCAAGCUGUCCCGGAAUUGAGCUGCUAACCCUGCGGUACAACAACUCGGCCUUUGUGCGGACUUCGAUCGGGGAUGAUUACUGUGCGGCGAAGGAUCAGAAAAUGGGAAUGGUGGCGGAUGGGACGCCGUACAGGAAUACCUGCUUGGUGGCGGCGACCGGAAGUAGUAGGCGGUAUGCGAUACCGCAGUGGAAGCAGUUUAGUGUUUUGCUGAGGAGGUCGCUGAGGUCGACGGCGAGGGAUUUCUUCUUCGCCCAGCUCCGCGUAAUCGCCCACAUCCUGGUGGCGUUCCUGCUCGGCAUGGUUUUCUACAACUGCGGCAAGGAUGCCUCAACCGCAAUGACAAACGUCGCCGCUAUGUUCUUCUUCCACAUGUUCAUCUUCUUCGGCAACGCCAUGCCCUGCACCAUCACCUUCCCCCUGGAAGCCAAAGUAUUCGUCCGCGAGCACCUCAACAACUGGUACUCACUCGAAGCCUACUACGUUUCCAAAAUCUUCGCCGACCUGCCCCUCCAGCUGCUCUGCCCCUCCAUCUUCGUCAUCAUAACCUACUUCCUAACCGGUCAACCCAUGGAACCCUCCCGCUUCGUCAUGUUCUGGGCCAUCACCCUGCUGCUCGGAAUCUUCGCCCAAACCGUUGGCCUUCUUUCCGGCGCCGCUUUCGGCAUCCAAAUGGCCACCUUCUUCGUCCCCUGCCUAACCAUCCCCUCCCUGCUGUUUUCCGGCUUCUUCAUCAAAUCCUACGAACUACUGGACUUCCUGCAACCCCUCCCCUACACGUCCUUCUUCCGGUACAGCAUGCAGGGCUCCCUCCAGGCCAUCUACGGGUACAACCGGACGGACUAUCCCUGCUCGGAGGUGCUCUGCUACUACAACCGGCCCGGGAAGUUGCUCAAGUUUAUGGACACGCCGGAAACGGGUUUCGAGUGGAACGUGCUUGCUAUGGUUGGAUUUAUUGCGCUGUUCCAGGCGUUGCUGUACUUUUCCCUGCGCCGGCGGUUGAAGGCAUUCCAGUGAUUGUGAUAUAAUUUAUGGAAAUAAAAGUAAUUAUCGUUGAAAA